UUGAUCAUGGUUGCCGACAGGUGCCUACUGUGGGUGGAAAUUGACUGAAAUGUGGACAUUUAAGCAAAAUUCAAAACGAGUAGUAACACCAUUUUGAAGAAAAUGACAUUAUCAUCAAUACUUCUGUCCGUAGUGUACACAGUGGUAGGGUUAUGGCUCACUAUGAGAAUAAUAGCAGUGAUUCUGCAGUUCGUAAUACGAAGAAAGACUGGUAUCCUUGUGAAGAUUGCACGAGUUGGGUUUGGAGCCUUUCAUAAGAUUCACAUCAGUGUCAAGCAAGGCCUUCAAGUGGAGAUUGACAAGGUCUGGAUAUCCAGCAGCUAUGUCAAUGACCAGUUCAGACAACCGCUGGUGCUGUGUUUGGGAGAAGUGCGUAUACAGGCCAAUACAAAUGAACCAAUCAGAGAGCGCGCCCAUCCUGCCCCAACCAACAGGAAGGAGGGGGCAUCUGGGGGUGUUCAUGCUCUCUUGAAGUUGGCAACAUACAUACAGCAUUUCGGUAUCCGUAUUGACAGUCUGACUGUGAUGCUGCUGAAAACGAUGAUUGCUGACUGCCUUAUCCAUGUGGAGGGGCAGGGGCUUGGUCUGGAUAUCUCAUGCAUUGAGGACAGCCUUCAAGUGAUCGUCAAUGCUGGAAGUGUGACGUGUCGAGCUCUGCGCAGCGUUGUGCAGACUGACGGGAACCUUCAGGAUAAUAAAGGGCCAUGUUUGGCAGAAAUGUCAUUCAGUUUGUAUGCUGACCUGUGUGUAUACCAAUCCGACAUCACCAAAUUAAAGAGGUCACGGCUGCUGGUAAAGAAGCCACAAAUCAUGUUGACAGAGGGUCUCCUGUCUGGGACUCACUACCUGAAACCUCCCACCAGGCCCCCAGACCCUCAGCAAGAUGUCCUACCUGAUCAUGGUGAUGGAGCCAAUCCUAGAAUAUUCAGUCUGCUGCCACAAGAACUUGGUAUUGAUAUUUCCGAAGUGGAUGUCAAAAUUGUCAGGGAAACAAAACAAAGUACAUUUGAGAGGUCACUGAGUGUUGUUAUCAAGACAUUCCACAUUGAUUUGUUCAAUGAGAUUAAGGGGGAUCACCAAGAAAUAUCGUGUACUCUUUUAAUUGAAGAUUUUAGCACAAAAUCUCAGCAGGCCAGAUUUGCUGAACUUUUGAAAUGGGAAAUAAAAUCUAUGGUGAACCAGACCGAGGUUCGGGCGCGAUGCCAUAUAGAUGGCGCCUACUUCCACUAUCACCAUGACGAGGUGCAGUACUGGCUGCUGGUAAUUUCCCAGUUCACCCAGCAGGGUCACAGGGGUCAGCCAGAGUUAAUCCAGCAGGGUCACAGGGGUGAGGCAGGGAGCAGCAACAGCCUCGCUUAUCUUGGCCCCUCCACCACCCUACAGAGGCAGCAGAGCACCGGUUUGCGCCACUUAGUCAAGACGCGUUUGGUAAUAGCAGACGUGGAGCUCUCAGACAUCUCCACCUCUUUCUCCACUGCAUCCUGCCCUGGACUGGUACUCGGCGUCUGUAAAGUUAUCAUGCAUAUCAUUAUUAAACCAGGAACCAGACAUAUAGAUGUAGACCAGAGCAUGCUGAAGUCGCACAGUGCCUCUGUGGAUUUGGAGUUGAACACGCUCUACUGCACAAACGCAGAGACUAAGACACCCAUAGCUGACCUGGCAGCCAACAAACACUACUGGAAACAUGUGGCUUACCUCACCAGGCUCGUGUUGGAAGUGCACAAAGUAGGUGACGAGUUACGUGUCCAGGGUGAGUCAGACCAUCUGCAUCUUGAGUGGUCCACGGAAACGGUAAACAUCAUCAUUGCCUUGGUGACUGCACUCUCCAAGGCAAAAAUCUCAGCGCCCCGGAAAUUCUCAGAAAGUGCCAUCUUCCUUCAUCGAAAGGAGGCAAUGAAUAUACCUGUAGGGGAUACAAGUCAGCUCAGCAACUUAUCCUUAGUGUUGAAACUGGAUGUCACCAACAUGAACUUAUUCUUGUGCAAUAAUUAUAAUGUGUGCCUGAUGCUCCGUCUGGAUGCCUCCAGUGUUAAGUAUCGUCAUCAGCAGGCCGAUGUCACCAUUGAAGGUACCAAGCUGAAGUACCUUCCCAUGGAAAAUCAGUCACUAAUGCUGUCAAGAUCGGACAACCUGGACCAUCCCGCUGCAAGCCUGAAAGAGAUCCGUAUCAAGUUCAAUGCCUCUGCGCGAGAGGGAUCAGUUCAGUUGGCCAAGGAGCUUGUUGUUGAUUGGACGACAGCAUGCCACAUGUGCAUUAUUCAAGCAAUAGAAGAUGUCACAGAGCUGAAGAAUAAACUUUGGGGUGAGGAAGUGUCUACAAUCAACACCCCUCCUCCACCAGAACCGCCCAGACAGACGAGGGGCGUGUCAAUGUCAUUGAUGAUCAACACAGAGGUCAAGGUCACCAUCCAUCUUUCCUCACAGCACAGUGUUACAUUGAGGACUGACAAUAUUCUGAUGUCUUUGAGUCCACAGGAGCUUGUGACAGAGAUCAACUCGCUCUCCAUCUUCUGUGACGAGGAGAGGAUCUUCCUCUUUGGGGGUUUACUGUUUGGAACACUGCCAGACGUUCAAUUAAGGCAGGAGAGGAAGAACUUCAAAAAUCUCAUUCUCAACACCAAUAGAGCGUGGAAUAUCUCCAUGGAGACAUUGGAUAUCAUAUUUCCUCACAGCUUUGACUUUGCAGAAUGCUUUGAAGAGUUUAUCAACUUCCAAAAGUGGCUGAAGCAGGUUCACCAUUUGAAGAAGAAACCCUUUACUGUGGACAGCAAACUGCCCCCUGAUCUCCUCAUCAAGGUGAAGAAUUUCCGCCUGGAGAUUGGAGACAACCCAUUUGAGGUGAAACUGGGAGACAACUAUGAGCUAAUGAAGGACGAGUACUUAGAGUGUGAGAAACGCAGGAAUGUGCUCGAUCAGAAAGUGCAGACCCUCAAGAAGGGCUAUGGCAUCAUACCAGCUCACAAGAUAGAAGAAGUGUACGCCUCCCUUGACAAGAGCAGCAGUGACAUCUACAUUCAGCGUUCCCGUCAGUUGUACCUGAUAACUCCGCCGCGCUCAAAGCUGUUCACAUGGCUGAUGGAGGACGUGGAGAUAGUGGCCCUAGCCGACACCUCGAUACACGGCAAGGACAAUGUGGUCGCUAACAUGAGAGAUGUAGACCCAGACAGCCCAUAUCCUGAUGAAGGUCUGGAGUUUGUCACACUUUGGUGUCGGUACGUGAAUACCAGUGUGAAAUCCUGGACAUUUCAGUUCCGUGACUACCCGCAACUACCACUGAAAAUUCAGGACAUGAACAUCUGGGGACGGCUAAUAGGAUCUGAAGUUGAGGGGGCAAAGAGAGCCAAGAGGAGCUGUGUUGUAGAGGUGGCUGAACCCUGGGGCAACAUGACUGUCCUGAGGAAUCUGCCUGCCUUGAAGUUUACACAUGACUUUAGUGCUGAUGUGGAGUCAUUCGAGAUGGCGUACGGGGCCUGUUGGGAACCGGUGACCGCUGAGUACAACCUGGCCCUGGACCUGAUCAACAAGCCCUCGGUCGAUCCCUCGAGUCCCCUGCCCUGGUGGGACAAGAUACGUCUGCUGCUGCAUGGGCGCCUUACAAUGACAGUGCUGCGUAUGAGCUGGCUGUACCAUGCCUCACUGGACCCAUACAACACGACAGAGCUCAUGGACUGGACCUGGUCUGACCUUGUGCUGGACUGGACCAACAUGAAGUUCCUGUUGAAAGGCAACCUAGAUAUCUACGCAAGGACGGCCUCCAAGUAUGAUGACUGCAAACUUCUCCACUUGCCUAACCUUAAGUUCUGUGCCAAGAUUGACUGGUUAUCACUUGGGGAUCCCAAUGACCACCAUCUUGUGAUGCCGUGUGCUCCUGACAAGGUCCCAGAAUUCUCUCUGGAGGAGCACGAUUCGUUCAGGGCCUUUAGAUCUCAGAAUUUGAACCUCAGUAUCACCUUAGAAACCUCCAAGAAGAAGGACCCGAGGGGAGAUAAACCCUCCGGCCUGUUCUACUCAAGCACCCUGAGGUUCAUGGAGAAGAUUGGGCAAUGCUUGGCAAGCAUAACUCGGCCAAUACGUCGUGGGAAGCUCUUCCAGAACACCAAGGCAAGGAAACCCAUGCUGAGUCGCCACUACAAGUACGCUCAACUCUCCGUCAAUUUCCAUCAGUUCGACGUGGACUACUGGAUGUCAUUCUCGCGUCAACAUGGUGCAAAAUUCAGCGGGAACUCCUUCGUGCUUGAAUUGAGGAAUGAGUUGUCGCUGCACCCUGUUGAGGAUGGGUUGUAUCAUCGGCCGCAGGCUGACUGGAGUGUGAUCUACCUGAACUGUCUCCUUUCUGGAACAAAGAUCUGGCUCUGCAGUUCUCAGGAAAGGCACGAGGAUGAGCUGGACCAAUCAUCUGCUGGUCGGCCUGUUACGAACAGUUUCUUCCUUAGUGUGUCCAAGGUUUCCUAUCAACGAUCCUCAUCUGACCACAAUGAAAUCCCAGACGUGCAGUCAUCAAAGACUCCCACCCAUAACCUGCAGGUGUACGAGAUGCGUGGUUCAUGGAACAAGGAGAAUCGUACAGUACUGGUUGGCCUCUAUGACAGCUACAUGAAGGUGCAGUCUCUCAAGCGGAACCUGUCUGCAGAGGCCCUCAAGGGGUUCAAAGUUGAAGGCGGAGCAAACAUGUCCAUGAAGCAGCCUCACCGUGGUUCGAGCCUGCACCUGGAUGACUCUGAGCUGACCUCCCCCAGCCCGUCCUCCAAGAUGCAGGCUGGCCACGCACACUCCAUGCUCAUGAAGCUUGUGGCCGAGUCAGACAGCAAGUCAGUGGCAUUCACAGAAGAGCCGUCCAGUGCCAACAUGGAUCAGCUACACGGGAUAGCAGCCUGUCAGGGGGACGACAUUGUACAGAAAAACUGGCACAUUGAGCUGCACAACAGCCAGAUAAUUGUGAAGGGUUGCGAGACCCAGGGGUUCCUGAUUGUGGCCGCUGCCAAGGCCAAGGUUCUCUCAUGUACGCACACACCGGUCUGGGUGCGUGACAACCAGCUGCGCAGUAAGAACACCUGGUCUGGAUCUCUAGAGUGUAUGCAGUACUAUGCAACGGUUGACCCAGGUCCUGAGUUGACAGAAGACAACAUCCCGUGGUUGUCAAAGACGCACGUUGAAGACCGGUCAGAACCAGAUCCUUCUAGUCUACAGGAAAUGGCUGGCUCUGGUCACAGUGUUGGCGGUAUUGUCAACACUAGCUACAGCGGGGCUCAUAAACACCAGACCAUUCAAAUGCAGAGGAUCAUCUCCAGAUGCAAAUGUCAGUUCUUCUAUGUGAACUACGGCGAGGCUGAUCCACUUCUUAUGCAGGAGGUGCCUCCUCCGCCCCAGGACGACUCAGAUAUGAUGCAACGAGAUGGAGGCGUGGACACAUUCACACUUCUACACCAUGAUCUCAAUGUCUGUACCAACCAUCUGCAGUACAAUAUGAUACUGGACAUAGUCAACAAUCUCCUACUGCAUGUGGAACUCAAGAAAAAGGAAGUGACAGAGAAGCUCCAGAGCAUGAGGUUCCAACUGCAGCUCUCCAGAGUGGAGGACCAAAAAACUCCCAUACUCUCUCUUCAGGAGAGCGUCAGGCAGCACAUGGAGAAGUACCGCUACUAUGAGAAGGAAUUGUUCUUGGUGCUCAAAGCCAAGGAGGAGGAAGAGAAUGUAGAGUACCAACAUGAGCUGCUAGACGACCAGGAGACCCUGCAGAUGCGACUGCGCCAGUGCAAGGACAAGAUCAACACACUGAAUGAGGAGCUUGCAAUCCGUAUCAGCUGCUUCAAGGAGAGUCAGUUACAGGUUCAGUCCUCCCUGCAGAAGACCCAGACACAGCAGGCGUAUGUGAUCAGACGCAAUGAGGUCUGCUUCAAGUUUGCCCAGUGGCGGCUCACAGAACCGGACGGUCAGGUCGGGAUCUCAGACCUUGCACUCCGUAACUUUGUGUACACGAAGGUUAAUCGUGACAACGACACGUGGAGCCACCAGGUGGAGCUUGGCUGGGUCAAGGUAACCAAUCUGUUGCCCAACUCAAUCUACAAGGACGUGCUGGUGCCCAGGGAGAUACCCACAGGGGUGGAUAACAGGAAGAUGACCUUGAGAGUGCUUUGCACUGAACGACCCCCAGUGGGUGGAAUAGCGGUGAAGGAGCACUUUGAGGUGAACCUUGUGCCUCUGCAGAUCCAGAUGACGUACCACCUGUACAAGAAGAUCAUGGCGUUCUUCUUCCCAGAUAAGGACAUUGACAAGGAGGACCAAGAUGAUGACGUAGAAGGUGCGAGUUCUUCAAAGCCGUUCUCUCGCUCCGAAAAGCGCAGCUCUCAAAGGAGCACAAAGGAAAUCAAGCGCACCCCGUCAUUCACUGCCACAGAUGACAUCGAUAAAAUGAAGGAGCGAGCCGCCAACAACAACACUUUCCUGUACAUCAAAGUGCCCGAAGUGUCCUUGAGGGUGUCUUACAAGGGUGAGAAGGAGAAAAACAUCAUAGACGUGCAUGACUUCAGCCUGGUGCUGCCCACAUUGGAGUACCACAACUGUAUCUGGACCUGGUUUGACCUUCUCAUGACCAUGAAGAACGACAGCAAGCGGGUCCUCAUAUCACAGGCCAUCAAGCAAAAGCUUCACAUGCGUAAUCGGCUGAGCGACGAUCCCCCGCUAACCGACGUACAACAGGAGGAGGACAAGGCCAAGAUGCUGCUGGGUGCAAAGGUUCUGGCACCGCAGGAAAAGCCAGCCAAGAAGACGUUGUUUGGAAAGUCCCAGAAGUAACAAUACAAAAACAUAUAACGACUAUUAAGGAAGCAGCUCAUGUGGCAUUGCAUAAAUACAAACAAUGACAGUGAAUUAACUUUGGACAAUAGUUUAUGUGAGUUUACUAUGGUGUAAAAGUAACAUGAAACUCACAGUGUACAAACUUCGGACAACAGUCUAUGUGAGUGGCCUAAAAGUACCAAAAAAUGACAACAGUUUUACUAUGGCGUAAAAAGAACGGACACAUUAAAUAAACUUCAGAUAAACAUUUGUUGGUUUUCUACAGAUUAAAAAUAACAACUUAAAGUAAUAGUGACUUUCAGGGAACAGUUGUUGUUGGUUUUAUGUGGCAAAGAACUUCUGCUAAGCAUGAAUGAUGUCAUGCAACUUAUAGCAACAAUGUGCCAAAACUACCGGUAUAGUGAUAUGCAAUAUCUCGUUUUGUUGCAGCAAAGUGUGAUGUGUGAUGGAAAAUGGUGCAAUAUUAUGGUUUUUUUACUGUUGUGAAUGUGUUAGUGAACAAACUACUAUGUUAAUAUAUUGUGAAACUGUAUCAUGUGUAUGAUAUUGAACAUUUUUUAGCUCGACUUUUAUAUAUGAAAUAUAUAUAGUGGAGCUAUCCUACUCACCCCACUGCGUCGGCGUUGCUGUUCCCGUGUUCUUUGGCCUUUGCGUGCAAAUGUUAAAGUUUGCGUACUACCCCGAAUAUUUUCAAUGUCCCUUGACAUAUUGCUUUCAUAUUUUGCAUACUUGUUUACCAUCAUGACUCCUACCUUUAAACAAGAGCAGACAACUGUAUCAAGCAUUUUAACAGAAUGAUGGCCCCUUUUAUACUUAGAAUAUGCAUAUUAUUGAUAAAUCUAUGUUAAAGUUUGCGUACUACCCCAAAUAUUUCCUGUGUCCCUUGACAUAUUGCUUUCAUAUUUUGCAUACUUGUUUACCAUCAUGACCCCAACCUACAAACAAGAGCAGACAACUGUAUCAAGCAUUUUGACAGAAUUAUUGCCCCUUUUAUACUUAGAAUAUGCAUAUUAUUGAUAAAUCUAUGUUAAAGUUUGAGUACUACCCCAAAUAUUUCCUGUGUCCCUUGACAUAUUGCUUUCAUAUUUUGCAUACUUGUUAACCAACAUGACCCCAACCUAUAAACAAGAGCAGACAACUCUAUCAAGCAUUUUGACAGAAUUAUUGCCCCUUUUAUACUUAGAUAAUUGAACAUUUUGCUUAAAUUGCCAUAACUUCUUUAUUUAUGAUCAGAUUUUAUUAAUACUUUGACAAAACAACACAUACCUGAAUACCACAAUUGAUUCCAAGCAAACAAAUCUCCACGCCCCUUUUUUUUUUUUGAAAGUUCGUCUAAUACAUGACCACACCCCACAUUAUACCCCCCUCUAAACCCCCCUACCCCCCAAAAAAAAUUCUUUUUUAUUUUUUUCCUUUUUUUAUUUUUGAACAAUCGUCUAAUAAUUAUUGAAUAUGAACAAUUUCCCCAUGAUGGCUUACGUUAAACUGUCAAGCAUUCGAAUAGUCGAGCGCACUGACCUCUGACAGCUCUUGUUUAAAUUAUACCAAAGGCAGAGGGAUAAAGAAUUGGUGUUGUCUCUUUGUCCCUCUGUCACAAAACUGUUUAGGGUUAUAUCUCAGAAACUAUAUAAGAUGUCACCAUGAAACUUCAUAGGUGUAUAGAUAUCAAUUAGGAGAAGUGCCAUGUACAAGAACCAUGACCCUUCACUUCUAUUCUAAUAAGAGUUCUUGCCCUUUGUUUUUUUUAUUUGAUGUAACAUUUCAGGGGUAUAACUCAGAUACCAUGCAAGACUUAAACAUGAAACUCCAUGGGUGUAUUGAUAUGAAUGAGGAGAAGUGCCAUACUUAAUAUAUAUUUUGAUCUUUUCAUCAAGUAUAUGAGACGCUGACAAUUAAGUUCUAAGCAAACGUCUUUGGUUUCAAAUGUAAAAUUGGUCAGUCCUCAACUUUGCAUAUCAAUUCAAAUGUACCUACGCUUUUUUGUUGUUCACAGAGAAUUAUAUAACACAUGUUUAAAUCUUAAUUCUUUGUUAUUGUUUUGUUGCAAAACAGUUGAACAAAGUGUUUACAUUUAUUAAUGUUAAGCGAAGAUGACUCAGGUUUACACUGUACGAUGAUGUUCCUAAUAUGUUUGAUGUUAAUGAACAUGCACACCAUAGUUCACUGAUGUUACAGUGAUGUAUAUACGAUUUAUUUAUUUGUAGAAUUAAAAAGAUUUAAAAUGAAA